CUGGGGAGACCCCUGGGAAGAGCAGAGGGAUUGGGAAUUUGAGAACCUGUUGACACGUGUCUGCAGAUGCGUGCAUGGGGAGGAAGCGGGCCCGGGCAGCUGGCAGGUGUGGCGCGAAGACUUAGGCUUCGGAGUUAGUGAGUUGGGGGCCCACAGCGCAGGGGGGUUAUUGAGAGGGGGCAGAAAGGAAGCCCCUCUGGGACAGGAGGUUGUGGGAACGGUGUUUUUAUUUUGGGGGGGGGUUCUGUCGUGAAGGAGGCUUUGUAGAGGAGCUAUAAAAGGGUAUGAACCAGUGCAGCAUAAACAACUGCCAGCAUGAAAAACAAACAGUUACCUAUCCAGUUUACAAAGCGGUGCAUAUUUCGGCAUUGAAGCAGAAUGGACUGCUGCAGUCUCUAUCAGCAGCACCCGGUGGAUUUAAAGAAUCAGAUGUUACAGAAGAGGUGCUACGAGUCCGGGAAGAAUGGGACGCCGUAGCAAACAUCCAUCCGGGAGGAACUGUGGAGAAACCUCUUAGCCCAAUACCCUUGAUCUCUUUCAACGAAGCACUGCAGUAUUUUCAAACAGCAGACCUCUCUGACUGUAGGAAAAAGAUUCGGCCAACAAUACAAAGAAGAGGCCUGGCUGCCAUGGCCCAUUUCCUUUUUGGUCCUCCCCGUCUUCAUCAACAGCUGCAGAGUGAGAGAGACUUGGCUUUGGCUAUAGCCCAGUGUGGUUUGGAUAAUAAUGAAAAGGUGCACAUGAGGAUCUUACAAACUGUUUACAAGAAACUAACUGGCUCCCGAUUUGAUUGUGCCCGUUAUGGAGCCCACUGGGAAGACCUUGGAUUUCAAGGGAUGGAUCCUGGCACAGAUCUACGUGGAGCAGGAUUGCUAGGAUUGAUGCAAACACUUUAUUUUGUGAUGGAUUCACGGAUAUUACCUGUAGCUCGAGAAAUUUUCAAGCUGUCCCAUCAUGAGGUUCAGAAUUUUCCUUUCUGUGUGAUGUCUGUCAAUAUUACCCGUAUUGUCAUUCAAGUACUGAGGGAAGAACGCCUUUCUAGAGAAUGCAAUCGAAGGCAGCAGGUCAUUGCAGUGCUCAAUGAUUUGUAUGUGGCUGUAUUUUUACGCCUUUUCAACAUCUGGAAAACACAGCGAAAGACCAUUUCUGAUUCUGGUUUUGUUCUAAAAGAACUGGAAGCAUCUGCCAAAAGAAACCCAAAGCAGCUGUUGAGACAUGUGGAGACAUACAUGAAUGGGAGUUCUGUAGCAGGAGGGGAUGAUAGUUUUCAGGCACCUGCUUUCACCUUGGAAGUUCUUGGUCCCAACCUAAGUUCUGUUACAGUUGACAAUAAGGAGUUAAAUUUUGCUAGCAUAGAUGAUCUGCUGACUGAGAAAGAACAAGACAGCUGAUCUGGAUCCAGGAUAGUGUGAAAAGCCUUGUGCGGGAUUAAUCAGCAAAGGUGGUUGCUUACAGCCUGUAUGAGGGCUCAGAGGAUGGCUGAAGCUCUUGAAAUGCUGCUAAAGUAGAAGUACAGGACUUCAAUUUUAGGGCAGAGCUGCUAUCACAAAGUAUAAUGGGAGCUCUGGGAGUGGAGUCUGGGAUAAAGAACAACCUGCUUGUUUCAAGAAUGAAGCAAUCAAGGCAGGAUCUGCCUCUCCCAGUUAGUAGCGUUAAAACUAAUUUGUAGUGGGGAGUGUAAAUCUGAUUUAUGAAAUCCCACUGCACUCCCCUCCACCCCACCCCACCACGUUCUUCCAAUGUUGUUCCAGCUAAGAAAUAUUAUGUGUUAUGGAUUGUGAAAUCUGAGCUCAUGUCAUUUAAAAAAAAAUUGAAUUGUAGAACCACCAGGCUACUAGAUGGCUUAGGUCUUUCCUCACUUACACUUUUACCUAGAAGUGUAAGAAACAAGUCCUUCUAUCCUAAUCAGUUGGGAGGCAUCAAUUCCCAGAUGGCAUAUCCUUGACACUUUAUCAAUCCACACAGUAUGUGUUUUGCCUAAAAUAAGAUAACAAACAAGGACUACUAGAUGUACCGAAAUUGUGACACCCAUAUUGAAUGCUGUUGAAAAUGAUAAGAGAUCACCAGCAAUGACACAGCAGCUGUUUUCCUUUUGUGAAUGACUAACUAGCGGUUGUAUCUAUGAGGUAAAGUAGUUUUAGCCUCCAGCCAUGUGGUAAAGCCAAUGUUAUUUCAUUCCCAUUCUUCUACUUCCCUGUGUUUAGGGGUGGCUCUGGGUUUGAUAGGGGCAAAAAGGACAGACUUAUCACAUGUGGAGUUUUCAAAUGUGUCUCAUAAUGUGAGAAAAGUUACCACACAAUAAGCCUUUAAACAGUUGCCCUCUAGUUCCAGGAGACUCAUUUCAGCCAUGCGGAAUUCACAUGGAUGUCUUGUCCAGUGUACCAACCAUGAUGUAAAAUUCAAGCCCUAGUGGGCAGUGGGUUUUUCCAUGAAACAUAUUACAGUCUUCAAUCCCAGGCUGUGUGUCCAUUCUGUUAAUCUCAGAUGAGCUGCAAAAAUGAUUGCUUUGUCCUUAACAUAAAGAUAGGUGCAUUAGGCAGAAGGCAAAUACCAUUUGUGAUGCAGAUACUAUGGAGUAUAAGCUUGAACUGUUGUCCAGUGCUCUGAUAAAAGAAUGGGGAUGCUACAAGUAAAGUAUUAUGAUUGAAUUGCAAUCCCCAAUGGAUCCCCAUUGAAUUCAAGGGUACUUCUUUUUGGUCAGUUAUACUUAGGAUGAAAAUCAGUUAUACUUAGUAAAUAUUACAGAAUAUUUACUUGGGAGAAAUGCUCACAGCAAAACCCAUCUAUGUGUAACAUGGACAGGAUUAUAAUGGAAGCCUCAGUACAAUAUUGCCUGCAGUUCUGGUUUACCUUCUGAGUAAAAGAGUUAGCAGUUUCAGGGCUCUUAUAUAGUCCUUGGACCCAAAUGUACAUGGCAGCAAAAUGAGUUUUCUACAUUGCUUCCUGUUUUUGAAAACAAUAAGAAUUCUGUAUAUCAGUGAGAUUCUGGAUGGUGAAGCAAUAAAUGGGAACACUCUUUUUUUGUUAAAGGCUGAUGGUUAUGUUCACAGGGAAACUCUGUAACCAUUUGGGUUAACUGUUUAUGGUGGCUGAUACAUAUCCCCAAAGCUUCAGACAACCAAGCCAUGAUAAAGCAAAGUCACUUUGGGCAUCCGUUGCCGGCAGCCAGGAUGAAAAUGGGAUUAAUAUGUGGUGACAAUAGCAUGUCCUUGAAAUAACACUUGUCAGAUGGACAACCUUUCAGGCAAGAUGAAAUGCUCUGAAAUAUCAGAAUAGUUCACCAUGUUUCCUGCUGGAUGCUAAUCUGUUUCUUGAAGGAAGUGCCAAUCUGAUUGCCUUGCCUGUCUGUUUGCAUACACACAUCUACUGCACCCAUGAAAUUAUAGCUGCUUCUGUUUCUUUGAUCAUUUCUUUUCCCACAUGUUCAAGCUCAUUCCUUCAGUGUUGCUGUUGAAAUGGGCAUGCAUGGGGAAGUUAUCAGCAAUUGGACUCAGAUGUUCCCCUUGGACUUUUGCUUGCUCAUGCUGUCGUCUUGUUCUUUCAAAAGGCUUCUUCAGUGCCUUUUAUGUUUACAAUAAUUCUUAUCACAGGCUUAUGCUCAAGAGAAGAAACAAAAUAUAACCUACAACACAACUCUGCAGUGUGAAAUGUUCAAGAUUCCAAUUAACUAUUUUACAUUGUUUUUGUUCUCCACCCUAAACAGUUCUCUGGUGUGAGUAUUGUAUUUCAGAUUCAAAUUCUGCACUAGCUAUCAGUUGCAGGUGGUUUUGGUCUGUCACUGCUGCCAUUUAUUUAUCUUUAUAAAAAUGGAUAUGUUGCCUUUCAACCGAGCAGGAAUCAAAUAUGUUGAGCCCAAAGUACCAUCAAAUACAAUAAAAGGUCUACUAUAAUAAGAAUGCAGUUGCAUAAUAAGAAAAGGUAAUAGUUGAGCAGAUGUCCCAUGGGAGAAGAUUCCACAAAUGAGAUGCUACCAUUGAGAAAGCUGUCUGUUUUCUCUUGGAUGAUGGAAACCCAUGGAAGAGAGAUUCUAAGAAAGACAUCCAUACUUAGAUACACUGAUACAGGAGUUCACAUAUCUGGUUCAUAAGCUGUACAUUUCUGCUUUAGCUUGAAUUUCAAGGUAGGUUCUUUGACAUCACCAUGUCUUCCAGGAUACUGGGACUGGAACACUCACCCAAUACUGUGAUUUUCUUUAGGUUGUUGACUUUGGGACGCGCAUUACAUGACAAAAAUGUCACCAUUAAGCUUAUUUUCCAACUGGCUUUGAAUAAAGGAUGGAGAACAUUUCUGCUUUCCCCAAACUGGCUGCGUAACCUCCCAGAUUUCAUCUCCCAUCUCCAUAUCUCUGGACUCUAAUUAGGGCUUCCAUGUUCUUUGAGGGGCCUGGCAUCUGGAUCAGAAAGCAAUCGCGUUGUUGCUAUCCAUCCGUGUCUUGGAGUUAAUGCAUAUUGAUGAGGGAGGCUGAGCCCACGGCUCGUUCAAGCUCUCUGCAGAGAGGGGAGGCAGCCGAGUGGCUAGGAACAGCGCACAGUGUUCCUCCUGUACAGACGGAAAGCUGCUGACUGGUUCCUCUAGCAGAACUGGUUUUCCUUUCUUCUUUCCAUCACUUGGGCCUACCGGAUGGGAUGCUGAGCUGAGAGGAGAGUUGCCGGCACGCUCAGAGGCCAGCAUGGAAAUAAACCAGACUGGCGGAGAAGGGAUAGGUCCUUUCUUGGCCAGCCAUCUGACCCACUGUGCAUGAGUUCCU